CUAGGCUGCAACAAGGGGAGGGAAUAUGGCGCUGGAAAGGAGUGACUUUCUGGCAACAAAAAAAAACAUCUUCUACAUCAUUCAGUACAGUGAGCACCGGUGUAGGGCGGGCAGGCAGCCGCUACGGAGGCAUGCUUCUUAACUACGGACAUAAAAAGCCCGACGACCGUGACAUGAUUUAAGCAGGAAGAAACGAACGGAAAAGGACCUAAAAGUGAAAACCGCUGUUGGAAGUCUGAAGCUUCAUGUUUGUGUGUUAAUACCUGUCGACACCAACCCCCUACAUCCUUUUAUUGGGGCUCCUCUGACCUGUGACCCCCUGACACACAGAGGAUGGUGAUGGCGGAGGGGGCCCGGGGAGAGAGAGGUAGGGGGGAUCCACUGGCUACCGUAGGAGCAGGCGGAAGGCAGAUCCUGGUGGAGCUUAGGGAGCAGAACUUUGAUGCCAUUUGUCUCUCAACGUAUCGAACGGCCUGCAAGCUGAGAUUCAUUCAGAAGAGAUGCAACUUGCACCUCAUCGACAUAUACAACGUGAUCGAGGCGGUGCGCGACGCUGGUCUGAACGCCGUGGAACUGAAUGCCGGCAUUUCUGUGACCAGGCUGGAGAAUCUGGUGUCCUCUCUGUUCAACCAGCUGAGCAAGCGCCUGCCCACCACACACCCAAUUAAUCCACGAGAGAGUACUCUCCUGUUUGUCCAGUUCAUACUUGCUGCCAUUGAGAGCGAGCCAGAUGGCAGACUGACUGUGCUAUCAGUGAAAGCCAUUUUGUCUGUGUUGUGUGGAGGAAAACUAGUGGACAAGCUCCGCUAUGUGUUUUCUCAAAUGUCAGACUCCGGCGGCGUGAUGGUCCUGUCCAAAUUUGACAAUUUUCUAAGAGAGGCUCUCAAAUCGACUUACGCUGUGCACGAACGACCGUCCUUCGGCUACACGAACAACAUGGCUCGCUCCUGUUUCCCACAACAUAAGAGGGUGAUGCUCAACAUGUUCCUGGAUAUUGCAGCAGACCCCCCUCCAUGUCUUGUCUGGCUGCCCCUAAUGCAUCGUCUUGCCACCGUGGAACAUGUUCACCACCCCGUGACUUGUUCCUACUGUCGCAGCAACGGUAUGACAGGCUUCCGCUAUCGAUGUCUCCGUUGCCGUGGAUACCAACUCUGCCAGGACUGCUUCUGGCACGGCAAUGCCAAUGGCUCUCAUAACAACCAGCAUCAGAUGAAGGAGCACUCAACCUGGAAGUCGCCUGCCACAAAGCUGGGCCGAGCGCUGGGCAAGACCUUGGGCUGCGUAUCGUCCAGGGAACCCCGUCACCCUCUUUACCCAGAAGAACCUGAGCGGACCUUGAAUCUGGCUAACAUUGUGCCCUCUCAACCUAUUGAGACCACGAGUUCGGCCAUGCUGCUCUCCCCACAAGCGUCAGAGUCCUCCAAGAGUUUGGCCGUGGCUCGACGCAUGAACGAGGAGCACGCUUUGAUCGCCGCUUAUGUGAAUCGCCUCCAGGGCAGUCCACGCAUACACAGCCCAAGCAGGCAAGACGAGGAGCACAAACUCAUCGCCCGCUACACCUCUAGACUGGCAGAGACUGAGAGCUCAGGGGUGAUACCCACCCGGAGCAUUAACUUUGAUGUGAACAAACAGAAGAGAGAGCUCAUUGCGCAGCUGGAAUGCAAAAACAGAGAGAUUUUGGCAGAGAUCAAACGUCUCCGUUCAGAACAUGACGCCAUGUGCCAGCCCAGUCCGGAGAAGGGCAGCACCAACCCAACUCUCUUGGCGGAGCUUCGCCUGCUCAGACAGAGAAAAGAUGAGCUGGAGCAGAGGAUGUCGUCUUUACAAGAGAGCAGAAGAGAACUGAUGGUGCAGCUGGAGGGAUUGAUGAAGCUUCUCAAGGAUGAGGAACAGCGACAGGCAGCGCAGGCAGCUGGUUCUUCCAACGCUUUUCCUUCCCGUCCGAGUCCAUCGCCUGUCCGCUCUAUGGGUACCGCGUCACCCCAGAUGUAUUCGCCCCAAGACUCCCUCGCUGGGGUGGGCGGAGAUGUACAGGAGGCUUUCGCCCAAGGCCCCAGAAGAAACCUGAGGAAUGACCUCCUUGUGGCAGCCGACUCCAUCACCAACACAGUGUCCUCACUGGUCAAAGAGCUUCAUUCAGACGAUGGCCGUGAGGAAGAGGAGAGGUUGCUGAACGGCAAGGACAGAGCAGGUUAAAUUUGACCACGGGACAAACAAAAAUCACUUGAUGUCAUCCCGGCCAAGGAGGAGCUAAACGGUGACAGAAGAGACUUCCUGAUGAGCACAAGUGCCAAUCAACCAAUCACAAUGCUGGACACCAAAAGGGCCGCCUGGUCCUCUACUGAUGUAUAGCUCUGAAUCAGUGUUUGUCUUUGUCACUGUCAUUUUGCUUUUUUCCAGCAGAAGAUUCUGAAGCCUACUGAUUUGUGCCGUGGCGCAUGUGUGUGUGUGUGUGUGUGUUUCUUUUUUAAGGCAUGCGGCGGUUCAAGUAAGUAAGAGGAUGUGCGUGAAGAGGAGGGGAGUCAGGAUGUAGUUGAAGAGGGAAGAGAAGGUCAAGAGAUGAGUUAAGUUUCAGCACUGUGUGCUUUGUAUUUAUUUUUGCUUUUAAUUGAUGGUAUGUGCCAUGUGAGAGUCCGUAUGUAAGCGAGUGAGGUCAGACCCUGCUGAGACAUGAAUCUUUAGUGGGACACUUGCUGCUGUAUCUAAGCGCUAUAGUCCUGGUCCACGUGUGAAUAACUCCACAGGUGCUCAUAUCAUAGCAGCUCAUGCUGCCUGCUUUGGUACUUUAGUCAGACUAGUGUGUUUGUUUGUGUGUGUGUGGUGUUAAAAAUAUAUUAUUAAGAUAUUGUAUGCAACAGCAAAGUGGGAGGAGACAUUUGUACUACAUUACCAUUCUGUAGCUUUGGAUGAAGCAGGCUUUUUCCUCAAGUGUGACACAGUGGACCUCCCUGAUUACCCGGAAAACUACUAUUGUGGAAUAUUAUUUUUCUCACUAUGAGAAAUAAAAAUGACUUAAUUUUGCCUAGUCAUACGUAACGUUAGAACAGCAGGUUGAAAAUAUGUUUUUCUUUAUUUUUCUCAUGCCGCUGCCCCUCCCCUGAACUCUUCUGGUGCCUCCCACUUGAAAAAAAAACUAGCUUUAGAAGAAAAUCCGGGCUGUACUAUUGCUGUAUUGACCCAAAUAUAAGUCACAAUGAAAUAUGAUAUAAUAAUAUAGUUGAAUAUUAAAUUAUUUAUUUGCAGACAAAAUUGUCAAGUGUUCAAUAUACGUAGAGCCUCACACUUUGAAAAGUCACGCUUUAGAAAAAAAUCAGAGCUGCAUUACAUUAUUGAUGCAAAUGUUUGUCAAAAUAAAAUAUUAAAUAGUAUUAUUGAAUAUUAAAAUAUUUAUUUAAAGACAAAAUGUACUUUUUAAAAACAUGGCAGAAGUUUUAUCUAACAAUUAUAUUUACUAUCUUUGGCAUUAUAUCAUUACAGUUUGAACAGUAACACUGUGAAUAUUUGAAUAAGUGAUUAUUUGGCGUACCACUAAAUGCAGCCUGCGUAACACACUAGUGGUACACGUACCACUGCGCUACGGUAUUUAAAACAAUUUGGGUCAAGUUCAUAUAGUUUAAACUUAAACGUUCUCGAUUUUUUCAUUUCGUCACUUAAUCUAUUUCAGAGAAAACGAGGCCAAAAUGACUCCUCACACUUUGCUACUUUUUUGCCUUUUUCAUUUCAAGCUUCCUGAACCCUGCAGUGGAUUAUGGAAAUGGAUUUUGCUGCCUACUUUAAGCUAUCAAAAAAAAAAAAAAACACAGCAGCCCGCCAUGCUGUGUGUGCGCAAGCAUUAAACCAAAGAAACCGGCUUGUACGAGCUCAGUAUUUUAAAGAAACAUGUCCGAUUUUUAGUAACGCAUUAAAGAUGGCCCUCUUUAUGAUGCCUCACGUUUACAUAGAACAGGACAGUCAUUAAAUGUGCUUAUUGAUGUUUCCCCUGCUACCUUACUUGAAACUGUAAACAACGCUGAACCUGUGUGCGAGUGAUGUGUUGGAUCCGCAAUAAAUGAUAUUUAUCAUCAAA